AUGAAGAACGAUUUCAACAGCUUCCUUGUUAUAGUAUUUAUCAUCUAUUGCCUAUUGGAAUUUCGGUCAGCCAAUCGAUGCUUUAAUAGUCCUCACUUCCUCAGCCAAUGGACGGACGUGGAAGCACAAAGAACAAGGAAACCUAUUACAUUGGAACACGAAUGUGGAGAUUUUCCCGCCAAAGUAGAGAUCCAGAUCCGACCUAAAACCGGAAACUGGACAAAUUUUUAUUUUCCCGGAAUCGGAUCUUCACAAAGAGAUGAUGAUAGAAAUGAAACAUACGGCGGAAUUGUAUAUAAAUACAACAAAGACGAAGUUGUUUUGAUUAUACCCGGUGUUAAUGACGGAUAUUCCUCAGGAACAAUAAUAUAUACAGGUGCGUCUACUUGGCGAGGCCCUGUUGCCCAAAAUGAAAGUCGAGCACAGGUACGAACUUUAGUCUGGUGCCCUGGUGAUCUACCGGAUACCUCAUACGAAUCACAAUGGAUCCCAUUCAAUAAUUCUGGAAAGGGUUCAUUCUUGGAAAUUCCUCAUAACCAAGGAAAUUUUCCUGAUUUAAUUACUGUGCAGAUCCGCCAAGAGGGCACUGAAUGGCUGUCGGACGGGAUAGGAUCUAUGUCUGCUCUAAAACCAGACACCAGUACAUCUUGGGGAGGAGUGAUAUACGGUUAUAAUAGAAGUCACGUGAGGGUAUGGGCACCAUAUCGUAAAAAUGGUCAACUCUUUUCUGCUAAUGAUGGUUGGGGUUCUGCAACAGAGUUAUGGUCACGUGGUCUAGUAAGAAUAAAAUCCUGGAAGGUUACAAAUAUGCACUACGUCACAACUCAGCUUAAUCAGAACAGCAACCAGGAAUUAUCUCUGAACACAAUAUACAACCAAAACGAGGAUUUAAUGAUAGUCAGAGUCCUUGCUGAUAAUGGGUAUAAUAAGGGUUUUCUAUUUCCGGCCUCUGGAGCAGUGCAGAAUGACGACAGUAUGUCUCCCUAUGGCGGCGUCAUCUACUCAGCUUCCAGUGAUACCCUGCGGAUCUGGACCCCAGUACUGUCUGGCUCUAGAUAUCUCAUCUACAUCAACGAUGACUGGGGAAAUUCAAUGUAUCCUCAGACUUCUAAAUCUGCCAAGCUUCUGAUUCAAAUUUGGAAAUCAUCCACAUGCGCAAUGUCCACAGCUCCUUCAGUUACUACUUCAACCUCUAACAACCUACAGUCCAGCGAUCCAAAUUCAGCAAACCAACAGAAAUCGAACCAAGCCCAAACAUCAAAAUUAUCCUCAGCUUCCUCUGUGAUACCGGCUGCUGUUGGUGGUAGUUUGCUAUUUUUGGCAGUGUCUGGGGCGGUGGUGGCCAUAGUAUUGUGGAAGAAGUACAGGAGGAAUAGAGUAGUCGGAGAGACCAAAGAAGAAGGAUGA